GUUCUAGCAUGUGAUAAUAUAGGACAGAUCACUUAUGGAACUAGUGCAAGGAUUAGCGGAUUCCAGAGUGAAACCAUGAUUAAAGCUGUAAAAUAUGAAAGAAAUGUCAUAGAUAUAACCCAUCAAAGCUGGACCUAUUUAGUCCUAAUCAAUGGCAAUAUAACCUCAGAGGCAGAAAGUAAUAAUAAGGGAGAUAUUUAUAUGAUCUAUAAGAAAGGUAAGGAAUAUUUAGUCUUUCUGGCAGAGCAAUCUAUUAAGUCAACUAAGUCAAUUAAAAAAGAGGCAUUUGAUGGAAUAUAUUUACCAAAACACAGUCAAGUGCAAUUAUAUCCUAGGCCACAAGAAUCUUGGGCAAUGCAGGCUCUAAGAAUUCCAGAAGAGUGGCUAGGUCAUCCAAGACUAAAAAUACCUCCUAAUAAAUUACUAAAACUAGCCAAAUUAUCUAUGAUACCUUAA